AUGAAUAGUCUAGUUAAAGAAAGAGAUCAAUCAGAAAUCAUGAUCUUAAACAAUUUAGAAGUUCAAUCUUAAAUCAGAUCUUCAAUAUUCCAGUCUAAAUUAUAAUAAUCAAUCUAAAAUAUUAGACAAUUGACUAAACCUAUUGCAAUGCAUAUUGAACCUCAGAUCUUGCCUCUUAAUAAACCAGAUUAGGAAACCCCUAUUAAAAAGUCUUAACAUUAAAAAUUGAGUUCUGAUGGGUUUACUACUUAGACUAAAGGAAGUUAAGUAUAAAAUCAAGUAGAUUUUACUCAAAAAUUAGUUCAAAAUUAAUUUGAUUUAAGUUAUUCUUAUAGAAAGAAGGAUAAUUAAAUGAUCAAAUCAACUGAUUAUUAGAGAAUCUUUGAACAUUAUCAUCAUUCUUCGAUUGUUUAAAUGAUAAGUUCAUAUGAAGAAUGUUUUAAAAUUUUAGUAGAAUGCAAUGAUGCAUAAUUAUUGAGAAUCCCUAGUAAUUUGAUUUUGGCUAUAUUAAAAGAAAGAGAGGAAUUACAACAUUAAUGUGUUAUGUUAAGAAGAAAACUAUAUUAAUUAGACAGAGUAUAUGAAUAAUAAGAAAGAGUAUACUAAUAAUAGAAUGAAUGA